ACUGAGUGGCCAACUCACUCCGCGAGAGGCGAGGCGGGUGAUUGAAUCUGUGACCAUUGCACAAGAACAUGCCACGGCUGUGCACAAGGACUUGUUGCGUGCCAGUGCCCAUGGACGUGUGCAGCAGUUGCGACUGCUCAUCGCAGACCCGGCG